AUGACACCAACGUACCGGAAGAAGGUGGGGUUCCUCGCGGACGCGCGGCGUUUGAACGUGGCCGUUACCAGGGCCAAGCGCCAUGUGGCGAUAGUCUGCGACGCCGAGUGCUGCGGGUCGGACCCGUUCAUCGGCCGCCUCCUGAGGCACGUCGAGGACAGGGGGGAGUACCGGAGCGCUCUCGAACUGACGCCGGAAACCGACGGCGAUUUUGCGGAGUCUGCGGCGGCGGCGGCGGUGGUGGUGGCAGCCGUCGGCAGAACAGCGGCCGGAGGCGUUGCCGGAAGAAAGGGCAAAAAGUACGGGGAGGAGGGGGAGGAAGAAAAAUUGUCGGACGAGGAGGUUCUCCGGCGUGUUCAGGGGUUCGCCGAGCAAGAACGUACCUAUGACAACGACGAGCAGGAGAAAGGCGACGACGAGGGAAGACUCGAGCUCCCGCCGGAGCUGACGGCGCGACAGAGGGCGCUGGCGCACGAGACCGCGGAGUGGCUCGGGCUGGGGCACGUCAGCGUGGGCGAAGGCCCCCGGCGGGUCUUGGUUUUGUCGAGGCUUGGCGGCGCCGACGCCAGUGGCCCCGCGGCGAGGGGGUUAGAGCCGUUGGGCAUCGCCGAUGGCGACGGUGGUGGCGGCAGCAGCAGCACGAACGACGCGGUUGUUCCAGGGGAGGGGAAUGAUGGCGGUUCGAUGUUCACGGUCCUGGCCGCGGGGGUUGGGUCGGAACAUGACACGGACACGGACGAAGGUGCCGAUAGCGGCGGCGACGACGACGAUGACGAUGACGGGUCUCCACAGCGGCAGCAGGGGGCACAAGCGCCGCCAACUGAGGCCCCGGCGGCGGGCGGCGGGGGCGCAGCUGUCCUCCAAGGCGAAGGCGGGGCCGCCGCCAAGGGUGCGGGGAGAUCGGCGGCCGUCGGAAGGAGGAGCGCGGCCACCACCCCGUCUCUCUCGGCUGCCGUCGGUCCCGGCGCUGCUGUUGCUAGAAGUAGCGGUGCUGGUGGCCUGACGGGGACCAACGCCCUACUCGCACACCUACACGCGGAGCGGGCCGCUCGUCGGCCCCCUGCGCCAUCACCGUGCAACCGGACAUCGGGUGGCAAGGGUAAGGCGGCGGCGGUGGCGGCGGCGGACGGUGGGGGAGCCGAUGAUCGAGGAUUCACAGUAUAUCUCCCGAACGGUGGCGGCGGCGGAGGGAAGAAAGGUUCUUCGAAGAAAGGCGGAUCAGGCUCCAAGAAGGGCAAACGAAAACCAGCAGGAGGAAAGACAGGGACAGGGGCGAAGGCGGCGGCGGGUGGAGGCGGCACGAUCACCAAGAAGGAUACCGGCCGCGACAACGGCGGCGACGAUGACGAUGACGACGACCUGGCCUUUCUCGACGCCCAGAUAAGGAAAGAGCGUCGCGCUGAGCCCUGCUACGCCUCUCUCCUGAGGUCCACCACCGACGCCAUGCGGCAGAACAACCCCCGCUGGGCCGCCGCCCAGGACAGAGGGAAGCCGGCCAGGUCGGCCAUCACGGGCGCGAGAAGGGCGCAGCUGAAGGGGGCCCUGCAGACGCGGCUGACGGAGGAGGAGAAGAAGAGGGGCAAAAGCUCAGCCGACAAGGGCGAGAAGUCUUGA